AUGCAGAGACCGACUUAUGGAAAUCCCGCUCCAGCAACAUCUCCGCCUCUCCACCACCCUGUCCCUCAACACGUAUCUACAGUCCCUCAGCUCAGAUCUCCUCCCCCUCCCAUGUCGCAGCAGCAGCAACAACAACAACAGAGUGGCUAUGGAAACCCCUACCAACAGCAGGCUCCCCAGGGAAGCAGCGCGUUUGGCGCAUACGGGAACUUCAUGUCGGAUCCUACGGCGCAAAUGGGCUUCCAGGUUGGACAAACUGCAUUCAAGCACGGAACAGAAUAUAUGGAACAGAACAUUAACCGAUAUGUCAAACUUUCAGCGCUUAAACACUACUUCAACGUAUCGAAUGGCUAUGUGGUCAACAAACUGUUCCUGGUCCUCUUUCCUUGGAGACACAAGCCGUGGUCUAGAAAGCAAACUCUUGGUCCGGAUGGUCAGGAGGGAUGGUUUAUGCCACCAAGAGACGAUCUAAACAGCCCGGAUAUGUACAUUCCAGUAAUGGCUCUGGUCACAUACAUUCUCCUAGCCGGUAUGAUUGCAGGUCUCCGAGGCGCCUUUGAACCAGAGUUACUGGGAUACACGGCAACUUGGUCCUUGUUCAUUGUCAUAAUAGAGAUACUGCUGCUUAAAUUGGGCACCUACUUGCUCUCUAUUGCCAGCGACUCGCAACUACUUGACCUUAUUGCCUAUUCUGGUUACAAGUUUGUCGGCGCCAUCGUCACGAUCGUUGUCAGUGAGAUAUUCAGCGGUGGCAAAGGUACUGGUGGAUGGGUUGGGUGGACUAUUUUCGCCUACACGUUCUUGGCGAAUGCGCUGUUCCUGUUACGAUCUCUUAAGUACGUCCUGCUUCCCGAAAACUUGGCCGACGGAGGAGGAUCUAUGCAAACAGUAGCCCGAUCGCAAAAGAACCGAAGAACACAAUUCCUUUUCGUAUACUCAUACCCUGUACAACUAUUUUUCAUGUGGAUGCUCACACGGGCUUGA